AUGGAAAUUAAGCCUCUACUCAGAUGGCAGCCGAUGUUCCAGUACAUUCUCUUCAUGCAUGCAGUGUGUAUUGAGAACAUGGAGCUUUAUCCACCGCCUUGUUCUGAUGUGCCGCCACUGGACCUGCUAGAACGAGCUGUACCUAACCUACACGCGCUGCCACGUGGCGUGAACAUUCUGUAUGAUCACGGGAGUCACGUGCACGCCUUCAAGUUCUCCCCUAUCUCAGACAACAUUUACCUCCAAGCUGAUUCCCUCUUCCCUAACUGUCAAUAUUUUCCCUACGAGUUCUCUCUAUUUAUAACCUACAAGCAAAACGUGCCGCCAAAAAGUGAAGAGUGCAUCUUCUCCUUGUUUCACAAACAAACCAACAAAACAAUACUGUCUGUGGGUUUUUUAAAAGACCGGCUGGUGUUUCGCUACAAGGAGCGGCGCCAAAGCUUCCAGAUCAGCCCUGGUUACCAGGACCGUCAGUGGCACUCCCUGGGGGUCAGCGUGGCAGCUCACUCUCUGCUGGUCUCUAGAGACUGUCGUCUGCACAGACACCGUCAGCUACACGAGCCGUUUCCGGACCUUCUGCCCAUUGGAAACACGACCUUUGUCGUGGGGAAAUGUGGGCCCAGGUGGUCAGUCUUUAAGGGUUUGAUAAAAAGUGUUGUUCUCAUUCCUGGCGGUGAUUUCACUACAAGAGCAUGUGUCCCAAAAAUCAGUAUCAAGAAAGAUCUUGACAACGUCAUCAGAACCUUUCCGGGCUACUCCACGCUGACACCGUUCCACUCGGUGGCCGCCGUCUGCCGAUGGAAUGACGUGGGGAACAUCGCCUACGAUGUGCACCUGGGGAAGCUCAAGGUGUGCACUAACGGAAUCUGGCGGGAGGUCAAACUGAUGCCAGAGGAAAACAAACUUGAUUACCUGGUCCCUCAUCAAGUUGUGACCAUUGGUCACGGAUCUUAUGACGUCGAGCUCUUUGAAGUGCCAGGUGAAGGAAAGUUUGCUGCCUUUGCUGCGGGUGGACAAGCUGGACAGUGGUCAGCAAAAUCAAGCAUUCAACAAUGGAAGAAUGGAAUAUUCCAACACUAUCAAUGGCUCCCAACUGAGUCAGCCCAAUCCAUUGAGUUUUUUACUAUAGGAAGUCAGUCUUUCCUUGCAGUGGCCAACUACGGGAAAAGGCAGAGCUUACCCUGUAACUCGACCAUCUUUAAAUGGAACCACGUGAUCAAGAAGUUUAGACGUCAUCAAAACAUCCUGACUUACACGGCAAGAGAUGUGGAGGCCUUUCAAAUUGAGGGAGAUCACUAUCUAGUUGUGGCUAAUCACGCGAGAGACAAUGACAACCACGUCAACUCCACCGUCUACAAGUGGGCCCCUACGCUUGGCUUGUUCAUCGAGUUUCAGUCACUGCCAACUCUCGGGGCUUUUGACUGGACCCAUUUCACGGUAGACAAGUACCACUUUCUCGUUGUAGCUAAUGCCUUCGACAACAACAGCACUUGGAUUUUGUCAUCAGUUUAUAUCUGGCAUAGUGGACAAUGGGUUCUGUUCCAAUCAAUACAGACAACCGGUGCCACGGACUGGGAGCAUUUCGUCAUUGCCAGCGAGCACUACAUAGUGGUGGCCAAUGCUUACAAUUACGGCAACCGAAAUUUUCUAAACUUGGACAACUACAGAACCAAUUCGACCAUUUACAAACUGGACCGCUCAUUAAACCGUUUUGUCACUUACCAACAGCUGAGCACGGACAGCGCCAUAGACUGGGAGUAUCUAAAAAUAGAAAACGAACACUAUCUGUUCGUCUCCAACUCCCAGAGUGAUGGCCUCAAAGAAAGACAACUCUCUCCUGUGUAUCGGUGGCAAGGCUUGGAUAAAUUUGUUCAAGUACACAGCAUGUACACACCACCUAACGCUGACGUGGAAGUUUUUAAAGACAAGUCAAAUAUCUUCAUUAUUUAUGCUUGUGUGAAUAGCUCAUAUUCUGAUAUUUACAAAGUAAAGCUAACAUAA